CUCGUGUUCUUGAUCACGAGUUUAAAACGGGUUCUUUUUGUGCCUCUUUUGUCUCCCACGUGCAAGAAAGUGGAUCCGUAUUUGAGGAGUGUCAGCGGAGCAGGCCUGUGCAAGACAGGGAAAGGAAAACUUCAUAGAAGAUGAGGAAAAGCCGGAGCGUUCUGACUGUGUCACCUAAUGAGGACAGUAAAGAGCCUCCAGACUGCAGACUAAGUGAAUCUUUCACAUCUUCGGGUUGCACGCUGGGGGUAGACCUGCGGCGGAGGCGGCGUCGUUUCUCCGGUAACCUGCAGUUGCCUCCUUUAUCAUGGCGGCAGACGGAGAGGUCCCGCAGUCCAGAUGACGAGAUCAUGGCAAGACCAACUACACUGCCCUUCAUUACACCCCCUCGCAUUGACAUCACACCUGUGGACUCUGAGUGUUUCGAUGUGGAAAAUGGCCCAUCUGCAAGCUGUAGUCCUUUGGACCCCCAGGCCUCACCAGGUUCUGGCCUGGUUCUGCACACAAACUUUCCCGGCCACAACCAGCGGCGAGAGUCCUUCCUCUACCGCUCAGACAGCGACUAUGACCUCUCACCAAAGUCGAUGUCUCGAAAUUCUUCUAUCGCCUCAGAACUGCAUGGGGAUGACUUGAUAGUCACACCUUUUGCUCAGGUUCUAGCAAGCCUUCGAAGUGUCAGAAACAACUUUACUGUCUUGACCAACGUUCAGUGCACAUCUAACAAGAGGUCCCCUGUGUCCAACCAGCCCCCCAUCACCAGAGUGUGCCUACCUGACGAGUCCUACCAGAAGCUGGCCGUGGAGACCAUGGAGGAGCUGGACUGGUGUCUGGAUCAGCUGGAAACCAUCCAGACGUACCGCUCCGUCAGCGACAUGGCCUCCACCAAGUUCAAGAGAAUGUUGAACAGGGAGCUGACGCACCUCUCUGAGAUGAGCAGAUCUGGCAAUCAGGUGUCGGAGUUCAUCUCCAACACCUUCCUAGACAAGCAGAAUGACGUGGAGAUCCCCUCGCCUACACUUAAAGCCCGCGAGAAGAAGAAAAAGCAGCAGCUGAUGACUCAGAUCAGUGGUGUGAAGAAAGUAUCCCACGGGCCCAGCCUCAACUUCGGCAUUGCUCGCUUCGGCGUCAAAACCGACAAAGAGGAUUUACUGUCAAAAGAAUUAGAAGACCUGAACAAAUGGGGCCUGAACAUCUUUACAGUUUCAGAGUAUUCUAACAACCGGCCUCUCACUUGCAUUAUGUACGCCAUCUUCCAGGAACGAGACUUGCUUAAGACAUUUAAGAUCCCGGCAGAUACUUUUGUGACAUACAUGAUGACCCUUGAGGAUCAUUACCACCAAGAUGUGGCCUAUCAUAACAGCCUUCACGCUGCUGAUGUGGCCCAGUCAACUCACAUUCUGCUGUCCACACCUGCUCUAGAUGCUGUCUUCACAGAUCUUGAGAUCUUGGCAGCCAUUUUUGCAGCAGCUAUUCAUGAUGUGGACCAUCCUGGUGUUUCAAACCAGUUCCUCAUCAAUACAAACUCUGAGUUAGCGCUCAUGUAUAACGAUGAGUCGGUUUUGGAGAACCACCACUUAGCUGUGGGCUUUAAACUUCUCCAAGAGGACAAUUGCGACAUCUUCCAGAACCUCACUAAGAAACAGAGGCAGUCACUCCGAAGGAUGGUCAUCAACAUGGUACUUGCCACAGACAUGUCUAAGCACAUGAGCUUACUGGCCGAUCUGAAGACCAUGGUAGAGACGAAGAAAGUGACAAGCUCAGGAGUUUUACUCCUGGAUAACUACAUAGACAGGAUACAGGUCUUGAGGAACAUGGUUCACUGCGCCGAUCUGAGCAAUCCCACCAAGUCUCUAGAGUUGUACCGGCAGUGGACCGACCGCAUCAUGGAUGAGUUCUUUCACCAGGGUGACAGAGAGAGGGAGCGUGGCAUGGAGAUCAGCCCCAUGUGUGACAAACACACUGCCUCAGUAGAGAAAUCACAGGUGGGUUUCAUUGACUACAUCGUCCACCCGCUUUGGGAAACCUGGGCCGACUUGGUGCAUCCGGAUGCCCAGGAUAUCCUGGACACGCUGGAGGAUAAUCGGAACUGGUACCAGAGCAUGAUCCCCCAGAGCCCUUCCCCACCCUUCUACCAGCCCGACAAAGAAGGCAACGGCGGGGGUUCAGGGCCUGACAAGUUCCAGUUUGAGCUCACGCUAGAGGAAGAGGACUCAGAAGGCACGGAAAAAGACGAACAGAGCCAGGGUGACGAGGAAGAAGAUGUGGAAGAAGAAGACGACAGAGGGGAAGAAAUGGAAUCCACUACACACAUCCAGAUAGUUACCGAAGACGCCUCACCUGUCGACACAUAGGACUCGGCGUCUCUUAAUAGGCGGUAGCUGUUUUUUCCCUUGCGAGAGGAGCAAUCCUGCAGUUGAUGCUUUUGAAAAAGCCCACAUGGGGUGCUUUUUUAGGCCCUCGUGGGAGGAGGAUGUCUUGCCCUCCUUGCACUUACGUUUGGAGACAGUUUGGUAGGAGCUCUCAGGAAAUAAAUGCUGCAGACAUUUUGGACCUGAACAAUUGGCAGGCGACUUUGAUAAACAUGAAGGAUUGGGGCCAACGUGGACAGUUUGUUUGUUUGUUUACCUGGUGGUGAGGAGUAGACACUACUGAGAGGAUUUCUCUUUUUUUUGUACCAACACAAACUUUUUGUAAAGCUAUGGGUGUGUGAUGAGGUCAAACGCGAACUACUGAAGAACAAGUAUUUGUAAAGAGAGAAACUGUUUACUUUUCUGUACCAUUUGUCUAAAGACUGUGUGCCUUUUUACUAUUGUCUUUUUAAUAGGCUUUUAUUUAUUUAACACGUUUUAGUAUAACUGUACGCUGAAAUGUUUUCGUUUUCUAAAGCAAACCAGACCGAACAUGCAGAAUUGUUUUAUAUCUACGCUGGAGAGAGAAUUUAGUGUCUUCCUUUGUUUGGCAAUAUAACUUAAUAAUCCAAACUUCU